CGUUCGGUCGUUCGUUUCGAGUGUACGUGUGUGCAGGUUCAGUCGACGGUGAUAUUUUAUAGUCGGUUUGUUUAUAGUUUUCACGAUCGUUAUUAUUUAUUUAUUUUUUAAUAAAAGAGUUUAAUUUCGUGAAACGCAUGGCGAAUUUUCACCGUUCACUGCUGCCACAUCGUCUCGUAAUAGUCACCGAAAAAUGUCACAGACUUCGUGGAGAAGAUUGAUUGAUAGUUAAUUUAACACAAACGUAUAUAAUAUAAUAUAUUAUAUAUAUCGACAACGAUAUCACAUCUCAUUGACGAGGGCUCAUAUAAUAGUUAAUUAAAAAUUUAAACUAUUCUUUCAUUGACAUAAAUAUGACGAAUAUUGGACGUAUCCGGACUGUAGUAUUGGGAAGUUCUCGCGUUGGGAAAUCUGCUGUCACUGUCCGUUACCUGACAAAAAGAUAUAUUGGAGAAUACAGUUCAAACACAGACUUGUUGUACAGACACGACGUGACGUUCGAUAGCGUUCUUACAGAAGUGGAAAUACUCGACACAUGCAAAUAUUCGACCACUUGUUUGUACGAUCACAUAAGAUGGGCCGACGCAUUCGUGAUCGUCUACAGCGUGGUGGACCUGUCGAGUUUUAACGAAGCGCAAUACCUUCUGGACGAAUUGAGCAAACACAAAUUACCGUCGUACUUUGCCACGCUGUUGCUGGGCAACAAGAGAGACUUGGAUCAUUCCAGGAUAGUGGCGGUAGACGCGGGACAAGAGCUGUCGCUGCGGUUCGGCUGUCAGUUCUACGAGGUGAGUGCAGCAGAAAACUUCGCGGGCGUGUCGCUUGCGUUCCACUCACUAUUGCGCGAGACUCGGGCAGUGCAGCUGCUCCGCGGACUGCCGAUCAGACGCAAGUUAGGUGUGAACAGCGUGUCCAAGGUGCUGGGCACGAUAUUCGGCAAGAAUAGCAGCAAGAGGGACCGGAAGAAGCGGCCGUCGCUGAGCAUAUGACCCGCGUGGGCGUCCGCCGACACGGCCACCGCUGCGGGCGCUCCGAAUACGACGCUCACGCUGUGAAUACGUACGCAAAUAUGAGAGAAAAAAUUGAAAAUCGAAAAAAAAAAUAUAUGUCUCAAGACCCACCAAACACGACCCCCCCUCCCCCGCCCAACCAACCACUAACCAUCAUUACCACUCAUACAGGUCGAUCGAAUAAGUCGUCGUUGCCAUCGUCCAUCGUCAUCGUCGUAUAUAACACAGACGUGUUAUAAAACUGUAAUGAUCACAGCCACAUAUAUAAUUGUUGCGACGACGGAUGUGUAUAAUAUUAAUAUCCCGAUUGAAACAUGGCGACGGUGGCAGGCGUAUAACAUCCGUUUCCGUUCCGGAUAGGCGAGAACGAGCUGAACGCACAGCGAAGGCGUGUGACGUAUAAUACUGUGUAUCAUCGAAUUCGUCAGCCCGAGAGAUUCCAAGAACGAUAAAAAAAAAAUACGAAUUCGGUAGAUAAUACGUCCAUCAGACAACGAUCCGAACAGGCCAACACUGGACAAAAACGAACUAUCUAUCAAACGACGGCAUAAUAGUAUGCUUAUAAUAUAACGCAGUAUAUCGGGUGUCUAUUCGGUUUUCCGAGAAACGAGUAAAAAAACGUUUUGCUGCCGAACUAGUGACAACAUGGUGUGUAAAAAACAUGAAUUAUCGUAAUCGCGGUUUUUGUUCCCAUGGAAAAAUUCACCGCCCCACUGGAUUUUCAACCAAAAAAAAAAAAAAAUCAUACACACCUAUAAAUUGGACGUCAAGUGGAUAUACUACGAAACGUUUGCGAUAGUU